AUGGAGGAAAGUGGAAUUCCAAUAGAGCAUCGGCCGGAAAUGUGGCGUUUGAAAAACGCUCGCCCGUGCAGGGCAGAGGUACGUGUGAAGCUCACAGCUGAUUGCGUAGCCAGUGUGCAGGCUUGGAUGGCAAAGCCACCUGAUAAUGUUAGCAUCAUGGAUUCAAGCAUUUGCAAUGCUGACCGCAUCAGCAUUCUCUUCCACUUCAAAGAUGCAGAUUCCUUUCUUCAGCAGAACCAGCACCUUUCUGUCUUUGUUGCUGAUUUUACGUUCGAGACGAAUCAGCAGUCCUUGGUAUUAGGAGGAAUCGGCCCAGCAGGCCUUAGGUCUGGUGGGAGCCAGAAGCCAGGGGUUCGUAUGCUGCCAACACAUUUCCUUUUGUCCCGCAAAGAGGACAAAGAGUCCCAAAUGACUUUGUUCAAGGCAUUUGCUGCUGCGGCUCAUUGCAAUGGGAUCCGACUGAGUCAUGGAUUCGCUGAUUGCGCAUGUAUGGAAGGCAUCCAAGCGGUCAUUGAAUCUGACCCUGGGUUGCAGCAUGUGCAAGUUCAUCGUUGCCUCCACCACACCAAACAGAAUGUGAAACAGGAAGUCAAACGGCGCAACAGUGAAACUGGUGAGGUGCGUCUGCGCAACAUGGAACUGUUGCCUGUGCUGCUGAGCUUUGUCAUGGAGUCUGCUUGGUUUCCAAGUUCCUUGGAAUUUUCUUCGUUUUGGGAGUCAGUGAUCAAUCGUCUUCGUUCCAAUGGUGAAGAGACAGAUUGGGAUGAACCCCAUGUCGCCCAAUACCUGGUACGAAAUCUUCUCCAAGAAACUGGCCAGGCCGGGCUGUACUCGGCACCGUGGCGAUCUGGGUUCGGCCAGGUUCCGGCUGGCUUCACUACGUACACCUCCAACAGUUUGGAACGCAGUUGGAGAACGAUCAAGGGCUUACUGCGCAAAAGGACCCUGCUUUCGGAUGUGGGAUCUCUCAUGAAAGGCGUUUGCGAUUCCUUUCACUCCAAGUUAGCAGCUGGAGACUAUGAGAACUUGAAGGCGGCUGUGGCGGACGCACCUUCCUGCUUACAUGUACGAAGCCAAAAACAAAGCGUGCAGGUGGACAGUUUGGACUCGGAACAAGAGGCCCAGGUCGUGCACCGUGAGCGUCUCGAUUUGGACGCCUUGUGCAAGUGGUUCCACAAGCAUGGGCCCACUGGAACAUUUGUGGCGAGCGUUUGCAAUAAGCCUCUGGAUGAUGGGUCCACUGCCCGCCUUUGCUAUGCUUUUCCAAAAUAUUGUUUGCAGCAUGCGCUUCAAAAGAAACCAGAGAUGCUGGCGGCUUUGCAACUGGGCUUGAGCCUUACCUCCGAAGAGGUCAGACACGCAACAGCUUCUCCACUCACAGGUUCGUAUGAUGUCAUUCGCCAUCUCCAUCUUCGAAGCAACUUUUGCACAGUGUGGGUAACAACGGACAACCGUGUCGUGGAUGGACACCGCACCUACAUGAGCUUCGCGGGACACUCUGAACACUCUCUGUUUGUACAUGCCUUGCUGCAGCCAGGUGGCCUUGCCAAGAUACCAGGUGGACCCAAAUCCAAUCUUGGAAAGAAACGGAAAAAGCCGCUUCCCAAAAAAUCAGCGCAUUUGAAAAGAAUGUUGAGAGCUCCCUCUUCACAGAACUCCAAUGUGGUGCCUGCUGAGAUUCUCUCAGAAGUCCGUCCAGAUGAUGCCUGCGAUCUUCUUCCUGGAAGUGUCACAGAGUCCUCUCAGCGAGCUGUUGUGGAAGCAGCUGGCCAAGAAAAAGAAGUCCUUUGCAUGUCGACCACGUUGAGAGGAGACAGGUGCAAGCGCAAACGUACUCAUGGCUGCUUUUGCAGCCACCACUUUGAAAUUUCUUCCACUGAGAAAUGGUCUUUGCAGUUGUAUGAGUCAGUACAAGAGCCUGCUUCACAUGCAAUGGAUCUCUGGGAGGAGAGACAGUUGAAUCUUGCCUUGCAACAAUCCUUGCAGGAGAACCAGGAGCUUAUGGAGAAAAUUGCGAAAAGCAAUGCCAUUUUGGACUCACGGUUGCAUUGCUUGGGACUGAAACGAGUCCCGGUUGCAGCAGAUGGUGAUUGCCAAUUCUCAGCCAUAGUGUUUUCGGCACAGGUGCCUUUGACGGCUCUGCAACUACGCAGAAGUGUCGUUGGGUAUCUGAGACCUCUCUCCGCAUGCUUUGGUGCCCGCAUGGAAAACCAAUUUCGAGGCAGAUAUGGAUCGUACUGCUCCCACAUGGAGCAGCCAGGGGCAUGGGGAGAUGAUCUCACGUUGUUGGCCUCUGCGCAUUGCCUCAGACGGCCCUUGAAAAUCGUCACAGAUUCCUCAGCGACAGAUCCAAAGCAAUACAUCCGUAUCAUCACACCUCCGCAGUGCAUCAGCAGUGCCUGCUGGGGCCCAGAGGUGACAUUGUGUGUCUCAAUGGAUAGACACUUUGAUGCGACCGAGAACUUGUGA